GAUGCCGUUGUUGGGUUCGAAACUGCAUGUUCUCAAUCAGGUUUGGAAAAAGAAAAAAACUAAGGAUGAAGAUCAUUCCGGGGAACCAGAAGAGAAGCCUCCAUUCAUAGUCUUGGAAACCCAAGAAAUUUGCAGCUCCGCCGAGGAACUAUUGCGAAAGAACAUUGUAUAUGCUGGAAAUAUUUGGACCUGUCGGGUAUCUGGAAAAACGAAUCUAACCUACAGGGAUGCCGCUAAAAGCGAAGCAAAUUAUCACCGCAUUCUAAAGAAAAGUUUUCCGAAUUUCUUCGCUCAGCCUAUACUCAAAUACGUUCACCUGAGCACUCUUCCUUUAGAUUCUUUAGUCCACAACUGCUGGACGCAAUUACAAGAACAGUUCCAUAUUUCCGAACCAGUGAAUCUGAAAGUGGACUCCGUAUCCAUGAACCCCAUACAGGGGGUGAUCGACGAUGUGGACAAGUCAAGCAUACCCGAUCCUGAACCUGCAAAUCAUUCUGGAUCGACCACUUCGCCCAAUAGCAGUGACAAGGAAAAUCUUUCCAACAAAAAGAACACUCCCGUAAAAAAGAAUUACGCGUACACCAUCAAAGUCCUUUCUGAUAUCCCUCUGAUAGUAAACGACGUGCCCGCUUGUUCUAUCAAUCGUGUCAGUCGUGUCCCCUCCAAGGAGCACAUCCGCUUGUUUAUUCGGGCACAUGCGAUGCGAUAUGGACCCAAUUUCAGUGGCCCCUGGAUUGUGGACACGGAUUUGUUGCGACGUUAUAAGAUCGGGACCAAGAACUCUGCCUUUGAAGUAGAUAAAGCCAAGUUGAAACAAAUGUCCAAUGAUGUGGAGGCCGAGUAUUUAGCACGAAUACAAAAGUGCGAACGUCAACUCUGUGGGGAUAGCAGCCAAAAUGAGAAUGGUACCAUUACAAGCGCCAAUUUGACUUUUGCCGUAAAACGUGCCAAACGCUUUUCGGUCUUCCGCGAGCAUAGUACUGCUGACAAACCGGAGGACGAUCUGCCAUUGACUGUGCUGAAAAAGUACACACAAGUCGACUCCAACAAAUCUUCCACCGAAGAGUUCACGAAGAAGAAAAUGAAGCAGGCCACUCUCUUCCAGUUGGGUCGGAAACCAAAAAAAGCCUCACCCCCAGCGUCUUCUGCCCCGACGGAUGAUUCAUCCACCCCCGUGAAAGCCGCCCCCUCCACCCCCGCUCUACCUCGGGUGGCACAGCACUUGAUCCAGCUGUUCUCAGAGAACGCCGAAGAUGCCAUGCUGGCCUCAUGCAUCAACAUGUGCGCUAAACUUCUCAGCGAUGCUGACGUCUCUAACUUGCCAAGGGAGCUUCGUGAAAAAGUAGCCGCGCGGCGCGAAGCUAUCGAUUAUCGGAAGAAGCUCCUGAAUAUGACUCCGGAUCAGCGCAAGGCGUACUUACAACAGCAGCGAGAGAAACAGCGUUUAGAGCGCCUGAAUGCUAACCGGUUGUGCGAUGAUCAAGAAAUUGUUAGCAGAAAUCAGGAGAAAUGUCUUCCAUUACCACCGACUUCACCGCUAAAGCUACCACCUGGCGUGACGGAACACUUGUUUGGUCGUCUGCUGGGUCUGGCCGAAUUUUUUCAUUGUUUUCAAACUCUACUGUUGGAGGGUUUGGAGGAUACAGAAGUGGACGCAGAAACAGAUGUGACCUCUGCUUCGCCGAAAAUUGCGCUAACCCCUCUGGAGUCGUCAGUCCCUUGUCCCGGUGACCCUGGCUACGCUGAGGAUGAUGACGCUUUGAACACCGAAGAGGAGGAAGAUGAGAUCGCACUGAUGGAGGCUGAUGCACCCUUGCCCAAAGCGUCAGUACGGUCGUUGCGACGCCUCGGUUUACAACGUCUAUUGCGAGCGAUUGCGUCACAGUGUCCUACGGCAGGUGCCUAUCGGUCCCUCACUCGCCCAAUGUGUUUGCUGUUGAGAUUGGUGCUACGCGACGAAAAGUUGGCUCGAAAACGCGAACUUGGCAUCCGUUUGUCCAAACUUCCUGUUACUCCAUACACCGCGCCCGAACUGCUACGUCUGACUCUGCUAUACGGAACUCGUUCGCACGGGGACGCCGACGUCUCGUCGGAAGUCGCUGGUCGAAAACCUCAUAUGGACUCAGGGGAAUGCAUUUCGCAGCUGGAAGAAUGUACACCAUCAUUCGUUGGUCUGAUUUCCUUUGAUCAUCCGCUCAUCACCAGUUCACAUCAAUUGUGCUAUCUUCAUCAUCACUGUUUUGGCCUUGCAAGGUGCAUAUUUCUGAUACUAACACUCACACCCUUCGAGUCAACCCUCUCAACCGAACCGCUUUUUGUUUGGCAUUGCUUUCCUGUGUUGUUUUCAGAGAUUUGUAUUGAUUUAACCAAAGAUGAACGCGUGCCCUCACGUGGGACAAUGGUAAUGGCGGACGAAGAGACCACGAUUCCCCCUGUGGCGCACACAAAUGCGUCUUGCGCAGAGACAGAUCGUUGGUCUGCAGCUUGCUGGAGUUCAUGGGCUGUAUACGAUCGACCCGAGCAGUUGGAUGCUCUACUCAAAGCCCUACUGGACAGAGGCAUCCGUGAAAGUCGUUUAAAGCGGCAGUUACUCACGGAUGGUUUGAUCCAAGCAAUCAAAUCUCGCUGGAGCAAGUUUCCCUCAGACGGCGCACAACUCUCCCCACCUGUCAAUCAUGUCACGGAGUCUAGCGGGACAGUGCUCUCCAACCCGUCCGAUGAGCGAGCAACUGAAAUCAGUGAACAAGUUUCCGACAAACAUGCGUUGGAUGCCGAAGCUGCUUUGGCCAAUGCUCUACUGAAGAACAUCCUCGACACUGAAGUUCGAUUGCGAUCAGGUGGUCUUGGCGGCGUUCCUGAUUUUGCGGAAUGGCAAGAAAAGUUGGCGGAAGUGCACACCUCUUUCGGCCUACCGCCGGAUACGCCAGAACGGAAAAAGGCUUCAGUCUCUUCCAGGACGAUACAACACACUCCUGCUAAACCAAAUCGACUUGGUCUUGUUAAUGCUUUGCUAUCUGUGGCGGAAAAUAUAAUACCUCGUUUCCUCCGGGUUCCGGACCUGUCUCGUGGAAGACCGAGGAAACCUGUUUCUAACAAUGAGCAGCGAGCCAAGCCCGAGGAUGAAGACCAUUGUACAGCUGGAAAAGAUGGCUCUCACUCUACUCCGUAUGCAUCGGAACACGAUUCCGAUUCCUCUGAUUCGUCGUCAGAGUUCACUGACCAGAUACUAAAGAAUCCCGAUGAGCACCUCUCCCGAACGCGUGCUUGGCUUUCCUUGUGGCGCGCUGAGGUACAGAGCGCUCGCACGUUGGCCAGACUCAAUUUCUUACACGCCUGUAUGGACCGUUGUAUCCAAUGGGAGAAAUCCGUGGAGGAUGCGCGCUGUCGCAUUUGCCGUCACAAGACUGAUGACGAUCAUCUGUUGCUGUGCGAUGGCUGCAACCGUGCAUUCCACCUGUACUGUCUACGACCACCCCUCCGGCGUGUGCCCGAUGGAGAUUGGUAUUGUGUCUCAUGCCGUCCUGUGUCCAAAGAUUUAGAGCGCCGCCGCCGAGAGGCUCGACUUGCUCGUUCCGAGCGCCGUCGGCGGCGGAACAACUCAUCCUCUUCGGAUGAAGCACAUGAACCGCAGAACUCUUCUGAAUCCGAGUCCGAAGACAGCAACGAUGAGGACCACCGCGAGGACAAACGUGCUGUGCGCCAGUCAAACCUCAGACGGACCAAAGCGUCCUCGACCCAAAAGCAUCCCGCACCCACAGUCCGUCCCCUGACCCGUGAAAAACCAACAGUCCUAAGGCACGACUCCACGUGUCUUGUGUGCACCACCGACGACGGCUCAUCCGAUUUGGUCCAUUGUUCGCGAUGCCCAAACGCUUUCCAUCUCGCAUGCCACACUCCACCGUUGCAUCAUCCUCCUCGGGGUGACGGAUGGGUGUGCACCAGCUGCCGUGUGAGCGGUAAAAAGUCAAUGUUUGGCAUUUCCAAAUUUCUGAGUCAAGAAAAGCGACAGGCACAGUUUCAGCGUUGUUGCAAACAAACCCGGCCGUCAAAUGAGACACCACAUGAUGAACACCCAAAACCUACAGCUGCCCGUUCAACGCGCUCUUCAACCACACAGCAGUCCUUACCUCAGAUGGCCCGUGCGACGACUUCUGACGCAGACGAGUCCGGAUCGGAUGACCAUGACUCUGGUUCGGCGAACCGCAGGGUUAUGCGUCCACGGCGUUCCACCAUCAGCUCCACGUGCUCACGUUCUGCACCUCCGGCGAAACGACGCCGUCUCAUUUCUUCGAGCAGUUCGUCUUCCUCCGACCGUCAGAGCGAACCGGACAAAUGCCUUGACAAUGCCCAGACUCACGCAACACGCCUUUUGAAUGCAGUCUAUCGACACAGGAAUGCCUGGCCAUUCCGCGAACCCGUGAACAAAGAGGAGGUUCCGGACUAUUACGAAAUCAUCACCAAUCCGAUAGACCUCAGUAUGCUUCGACAACGGCUCACAGAUGGACACUAUGACUCGCCUAACUCUAUGGAAGGAUUGCGCUUGCUUGCCCGCGAUCUGGGCACCAUGUUCUACAACGCAGAGCUUUACAAUGCGGCCGAUUCGGAUGUGUGGAUUAGCGGAAGCCAUCUGGAACAGUUUGUAAAAAAUCAAUUUGCACAACUCAACUUGGGUGUGGUCUACGAACGCGCGGCACUGGAUGGAUCUUAGUAGCAUAGUCAUGCGCGUUUAUUAUGAACUCAGAGCUUGCUGAUCUCCUGAAGGCACACCCUUUGCAUUUACCAACCACUUCAUGGACGCUUCUCACCCCCCCCCCCCCCCCCGACUCACGAGGCCAUAUUUUUCUACUUUGGCCCCGCGCUGAUGCUUAACCGUGUAUUUUGACACCAUCCCAGAUUGCCCCUUAUUCAUCUUGUCUCAUUCUACUCGCUUCUUGUAUUACAUGCUCUUGGCGUGUGCACACACGCCCGCGCAGUUUAAUUCAGGUUCGUUGUCUUCCCUCCUCCCAGUGGUUAGACCGGACCGUCGGCCUGUUUAUUCUCUUUUUUUGUAACCUCGCGACUCCUUUGUACCUUACCCCAUCUACUUCUUAGUCCCCCCUUUCGUCGCCAAUUCCGCGUGUCCGAUUUUUCUGUGUGUAUCACGAUCGCUUGGACCCAUUUGCACUUGCAAGCGAGAGUAUGCUCAUCUCUGUCCGCCACCUUUGUCCCCCCCUCUCCUGUGUGUGUGCGUGUGCGUGUGUACUCUUGUGUCAGCACUCCUCAUCCAUCUGUGGAUGCCGUUUACCCCAACAUUUGUGAACGAUGUAUGCUUGUGUCAGUUUUACCGGAGGUUAGAGAGACUCGUCGUGGUUGUAUCAUUGUGUAUUCUCUUUGUUAUAUAAUCUAUGGAUUACUUGAUUUCAA